CCCCAACCUCCAACAUCUGUCGUAAAGUCUAGACACGGAAUUGGGUAUGCAGUAAAUCCAAAUCAAUUCCGUGGCAGCCCCUAAACCAAGCCUAGAUAAUGCAUCUAGAGGGAGGUUGACAGCAGAGCUGAGCUUUAAAUUGGCUGUCCAGGCGACGUUUCUUGAAAGCCUGGGCUGACUACUCAAGGGUCUAGAUGCAAAAUGGAAAUUGUGGCAGCAGCGUAACUGCAGGGGUGUUUCUCUUUCAGGCACAGCUGUGACCGCAGCUUGGGAGCUGGGCCUUUAAGCAAAACUCUCCCCUAGAGGCGUGGAAGCUGCCCAAAGCCCUUAGAACCUUACAAAAUCGGGAAGUGAUUCCAAGGCUGCUGAGGCCCUGUCGUAAGAUGGCCCAAGGGAGGUGGGGGAGGGCCGAAAGGGCAGGAGCUGGCAGCCAAGUGCUUCCAGAAGGAGGUGGCCCUGUGAAGGCAACGCCUGCCUCUUCAUUGACCCUCGGGAACCUUCAGAUCGUUUGAAAAGAUCCAGGAGCCUGGAGUUUCAGGGGUCCCUCCUUGAGCCCUGCAUUUCACUUGGACAGGGGUUUUCUGAGAUUGAAGACAGAUUUGUCAUUGCUGGGCAUGGUCUAGGAGCCCGGGCAAGGACGCGGAACCAGCCUCGGAGGUUCUGAUUCCUGCUCUCUCCGCCUCCACUUGACCUUGGGUGUCGCCCCCGCCGGCCGUCAUGGGCAAGCAGAACAGCAAGCUGCGGCCCGAGGUGCUGCAGGACCUGCGCGAGAACACCGAGUUCACGGACCACGAGCUGCAGGAGUGGUACAAGGGCUUCCUCAAAGACUGCCCCACCGGCCACCUGACCGUGGACGAGUUCAAGAAGAUCUACGCCAACUUCUUCCCCUACGGCGACGCCUCCAAGUUCGCCGAGCACGUCUUCCGCACCUUCGACACCAACGGCGACGGCACCAUCGACUUCCGGGAGUUCAUCAUCGCGCUGAGCGUGACGUCGCGGGGCAAGCUGGAGCAGAAGCUCAAGUGGGCCUUCAGCAUGUACGACCUGGAUGGCAACGGCUACAUCAGCCGCAGCGAGAUGCUGGAGAUCGUGCAGGCCAUUUACAAAAUGGUGUCGUCGGUGAUGAAGAUGCCGGAGGACGAGUCCACACCUGAGAAACGCACGGACAAGAUCUUCAGACAGAUGGACACCAAUAAUGACGGCAAACUGUCCCUGGAAGAAUUCAUUAAAGGUGCCAAGAGCGACCCGUCCAUCGUCCGGUUGUUACAGUGUGACCCCAGCAGCGCCAGUCAGUUCUAAGGGCCCGGCAUGUGGACAGUGCAGAGAAACACAAGCUUGUCUUGCCAUUUAAGCUUUGCUUGCGACAGUGGAUGCCUCCUCAGUCAUUCCUGCUCUCCCAGGGCAGCCAGGCGCCGCAUGGCACCUGCCCGCCCGGCGGCCGCGCCUCCCCCGCUCCGCCCGGCCUCCUCCCGCCCCCUCCCGGGUCCCUCCUGGGCGACUCCCCAGGAUGUGUUUACACGCAGGGCUCCCAGCAUCCUUGCUUCUGGGCCACCUCCCGGCCUGCAGGGAGCCCAGAGGACGCGCCGAGGAUACUGGCGGGACUUUUCUAAGAUCGCGCCAAGGCCAGCCGACUUCUCUUGUGAUUGCAGGUGACUCUGGGAAAGAUGGAGACAAGAAUGGAGGGAACAUAGACGGGCAGCCCCCCCCACUCCCUCUCCUCCCCCCCCCCCCCCCGUGCAUGGCUCCACCCAGCUCGUUCGUUCCUCUCUGACCAAAGCCGCUUGCUCGUAUAUAUAUCUAUAUAUAUACACCCAGGUCUUCUUUCUUUUAAUAUAUAAGUUAUACGUAUGGUGAAGUGACGUGUAAAGUGUAAGUCCCGUAUUUAAUGCCUCGAUUGCCUUCGAAGCGUGGUUCCCUCGUGGCCUGUGGCCCCUCCGAGCCUGGUUAUUUUGUGGUAUUUAUGCCCUCAAUCUACCCCUAUCCAGAGGACCUGCAUGCGUGCCCAGGGCCGCGGAGACCCGCCCGUCCGUGUCGUGAAUGCAGGCAUCUGUGUAAGGUUUGUCUUCUCUGUGGAUUGGUCUGGCAUUUCCUGUAUUAAAAUGAUCAAAUAAA